UUCUUCUUAAAUUUGAGAACUUCAGCUUGUUCUUCAAAAUAUUUGAAAUGGGCUUCCGUUUACCUGCUAUUAGACGGGUUUCAUUUACUGGUAGCCAAGCAUCUUCAAAAUCCGUGAAUGUGCCAAAGGGAUACCUUGCAGUGUAUGUAGGAGAAAAAAUGAAGCGGUUUGUUAUCCCCAUGUCAUACUUGAACCAAACUUCAUUUCAAGGCUUGCUGAUUCAAGCAGAGGAAGAAUUUGGAUAUGAUCAUCCAAUGGGUGGUCUUACAAUUCCUUAUCAUUCUUUGUGUGAAGAAACAAUGGGUUUUCGCUUACCUGGUAUUAGACGAUCAUUCUCUAGUUCAAACCAACAAUCUUCUUGCAAGGUGAUGGAAGUCCCAAAAGGGUAUCUUGCAGUGUAUGUUGGAGAGAACAUGAAGAGGUUCUUGAUUCCAGUAUCAUUCUUGAAUGACCUUUUAUUUCAAGAAUUGCUUAGCCAAGCUGAAGAGGAGUUUGGUUACUCUCAUCCUAUGGGUGGUCUUACAAUACCAUGCAAGGAAGAUGAGUUCUUAGAUAUAACCUCUCGCUUGAACCGGCUAUGAUCUAUACUACAAAAGAUCUUAAUCAUAACAUAGACUAGUUGAGACAACCUUGUACAGCAGGCUUUUCUUUUCAUUAUAUCUUCUUGUUUCCUCUCAAGUGGAGAAAAAAUCAUCUCAAU